UGCCAGGUGUUCAUGUUACUGUUCAUGUUAAUUUUCGCAGAAUUAUAUUGAUCAACAUCCAUAUAAAAAAAAAUAUCCUCAGCACUUCAAUCAUUCAAAAUGUCCUUACAAAUCCCACAUAGAGCAAGACCAGGCAGCGCUGCUCAAGCAGCAACAAAGGCUGUUAUUCUGGUUGGUGGACCAUCCAGAGGAACCCGCUUUAGACCAUUGUCCUUGGAUCUUCCAAAGCCACUCUUCGAAGUUGCUGGUCAUCCCAUCGUUUGGCACUGUCUCACCGCCAUCGCAAAAGUCCCCUCCAUCGAAGAAGUAUGCAUGAUCGGUUACUACGACGAAUCCGUUUUCCGCGAUUUCAUUAAGGAUGCUGCACACGAAUUCCCCCAAAUCAAGAUCGUUUAUCUUAGAGAAUACCAAGCUUUGGGAACUGCUGGAGGUCUAUACCAUUUCAGAGAUGCUAUCCUCAAAGGGCGACCAGAACGUUUCUUCGUUCUUAACGCAGAUGUCUGCUGUUCAUUCCCAUUGAAUGAUAUGCUCAAGUUAUUCGAAGACAGAGAUGCUGAAGCUGUCAUUCUUGGUACCCGUGUCAGUGAAGAUGCUGCCAGCAACUUUGGUUGCAUCGUUUCCGAUGCGCACUCCCGCCGAGUUCUUCAUUACGUCGAGAAGCCAGAAUCGCACAUCUCGAAUUUGAUCAACUGCGGUGUUUAUCUCUUUGCAACCGAAUGUAUCUUCCCUUCCAUUAGAACUGCCAUCAAGCGCCGUACGGACCGCCCACGUCUCGUUUCCUACCCAUCCUCCGAGAACCUCGACUCCUCAUUCUUCCAAGAUGAUGAAGAUGUACAAAAGAAUGAAGUUCUUAGAUUGGAACAAGAUAUUUUGAGUGAUCUUGCCGACAGCAAACAAUUUUUCGUUCAUGAGACCAAGGAUUUCUGGAGACAAAUCAAAACCGCUGGCUCGGCUAUUCCAGCUAAUGCCUUAUACCUCCAGAAGGCAUCGCAAACUGGUUCUAAGGAAUUGGCUAAACCAUCUGCCAAUAUUCUCGGACCAGUAUUCAUUCAUCCAACUGCACACGUCGACCCAACCGCCAAACUUGGACCUAAUGUUUCGAUCGGUCCUCGUGUUGUCAUUGGCCCUGGUGUUAGAGUAAAGGAGUCUAUUGUCUUGGAAGAUGCUGAAAUUAAGCAUGACGCUUGUGUCCUUUACUCAAUCAUUGGAUGGAACAGUAGAGUCGGUGCUUGGGCUCGUGUUGAGGGAACUCCUACACCAGCUAAUAGCCAUACUACCAGCAUUAUCAAGAAUGGUGUCAAGGUUCAAAGUAUUACUAUCUUGGGUAAGGAGUGUGGGGUUGGUGAUGAAGUUCGUGUACAGAACUGUAUCUGUUUGCCAUUCAAGGAGUUGAAGAGGGAUGUUUCCAAUGAAGUCAUCAUGUAAUGGAUUGAUGGGAUUCAUGUAUUCAGUGGAAUUCACAAUUAAUACUAUGGCGUUCUUACUCGAGGUUUCCACUCACCGCUCUCCGUGAUGAUUAAAAAGAGAAUGGUUCAUUUCAUAGAUCAAAAUCCAUUUUGGUUAAUUCAAUAUUAUUUUCUGAAACAUCGUGCCCAAAUGUUCGGAAUGUAGAGUCUUGAUCGUUUUCAAUAUAUGUGUGGGACAAUACUCGGCUCGGUAGCAC